AUGUUGACCACCACCGACGUUGGUGGUGUAGUUCGCCGUAUCAACGUGGAUUACAAAAAGUUGAAGGCUGCGUACGAUCAAAAUAAUGACAGCCUUUGUCUCAACCUUGUCAACGGCCUGAAAAAACAACUGAUUCUUCUACCAACGUUCCUCAAUCCUGCCGCGGCAAGCGCUACGUGGCUGGAGGAAGUUACCCUUACACGUGAAGUUCUGGAGUACGCUGUGUUGGUGAGUGCCCGGUUGGAGGACCUCGCCAGUUUUGAGUUGUACUUCAACCAACUAAGUGUGUACUACACUGACAUUGAUCCCACGAAGUUGGAAGAGUCACCCUUGUACUCACUGAUACUAGGUUUAAACCUUGUUCGUCUGCUAGUGGAUGACCGCAUUGCACAGUUUCACACGGAAUUGGAGAAGGUACCCAACCACAUAUAUGCCCCGAAUGCCUACGUCCGCUUUGCAGUGCUGCUGGAGCGGUAUCUGAUGGAAGGGAGUUACAGUAAACUACUCAACUCCCGCGACCAGGCACCGUCAAAAGAGUAUAUCCCCAUUGUGGGAAUGCUGGAGAAAACGGUGCGCCAAGGUGUUGCCGAGUGUAUCCCACACUCCUACGCAAAGUUAUCAUUUGAACGUGCGCAGAAGAUAUUGAUGGUGGACUCUACAGAUGCCGUCCGGGAGAUUGGUAAGCAGUAUGAGUGGGAACUGGGUAAGGAUGGAGCCAGCUUCGUUUUCACCCGGAGGGAAGAUAUCGCAAAAAGGGAGGUUCCGUUUCAAGAAAUGCUCGGUCAUCACCUUAACUUUGCCGCUGAUCUGCAGCGCAUUGUGUAG